AUGCACUUCCUUCUUCCUACCACACUGGUUGAACCCACACCAGUUCAGUGGGACGUGUAUUUGGUGGACAUGGGGCUCCAGAAGCCUGCGUGGAGGGGCUUUAAGUGACUCUGGUGCUUUUCUUGUGGAAUCUGAGCUCGACGGUCAGUGUCACCGGGUUGAAGGCAGAAAACCACAGAGUUACAGUGAACAGAAGUCAUCGGAGCUCAGCUUUUCUCUUCCACAAUGGCUGCGACGUAACGCAACUUUUGGGUCCACGGUGGAUGAACGACUGCGUUUGGAGGUGCCGCUAACUUUUACGCACAAGUAGGAGACACCAAAAAGGAACAAAAAUAUGAAGAAACAAUUUAACCGCAUGAGGCAACUUGCCAACCAGACCGUAGGAAGGGCUGAGAAAACUGAGGUGCUGAGUGAUGACCUCCUACAGAUCGAGAGGCGAAUGGAGCUGGUGCGUUUGGUGUCACACAACGCACACAAGAGACUGGUGUCCUGUCUGCAGGGUCAGCUCGGCACAGACUCUGAGAAGAGACAUAAAAAGUUGCCUCUGACAGCACUGUCCCAGGCUAUGCAAGAGGGAGGCAGUCAGCUGGGUGAUGACAGUCUGAUCGGUAAGAUGAUGGAUGUGUGUGGAGAGGCUGAGAACAGGUUAGCAACUGAACUGAUGCACCAUGAAGUUCAGCUGGAGAGGGACAUCCUGGAUCCUCUGAACCAGCUGGCAGAGGUGGAUAUUCCUAAUAUACUGAAACAGAGGAAGCAACUCGCUAAACUGGUUCUGGACUAUGACUCCGCUAGGACGAGGUGGUACCAAGCAACCAAGUCCAGCAACCAGGCCAUGGCAGCUAAGACUGAUUCUCUCAAGGACGAAAUGGACGAGGCACUCAAUAAAGUAGAAAUAUGCAAGGACCAGCUCUCUGCAGACUUGUACAAUUUUGCUUCCAAAGAGGGAGAAUACGCACGCUAUUAUGUCACGUUGUUAGAGACCCAGGCAGAGUACCACAGGAGGUCUCUGGCAGCUCUGGAGGCAGCUAUACCCACGAUUCAGUUUCAACAAGACUCGUGGACAGAGAAGCCGGCGUUCGGGACGGCCCUGGAGGAGCAUCUAAAGAAGAGUAACCGUGAGAUCGCGCUGCCCUUAGAGGCCUGUGUCAUGAUGCUUCUGGAGACCGGCAUGAAGGAGGAGGGCCUCUUCCGAAUAGCUGCCGGUGCUUCGAAACUAAAGAAACUCAAAGCGGCGUUGGACUGUUCCACAUCGCAGCUCGAGGAGUUUUACUCGGAUCCCCACGCUGUAGCUGGAGCCCUGAAGUCCUACCUCAGGGAACUUCCUGAACCUCUAAUGACUUUUGGCUUGUAUGACGAGUGGAUACAAGCCUCCAAUGUGUCUGACCCUGACAAGAGGCUUCAGGCCUUAUGGGUAACAUGUGACCAUUUGCCGAAGCCUCACAAGGUCAACUUCAGGUAUCUGGUGAAGUUUCUGGCUAAACUGGCGCAGGACAGUGAGAUUAAUAAAAUGACUCCCAGUAACAUUGCCAUAGUCCUGGGGCCCAACCUGCUCUGGGCAAAGACUGAAGGGACGCUGGCGGAGAUGGCAGCAGCUACAUCUGUCCAUGUGGUGGCUAUCAUCGAGCCCAUUAUCCAGCACGCUGAUUGGUUCUUCCCAGACGAGGUGGACUUCAAUGUGUCGGGCAUGUUCUCCAUGCCCACCCACCCAGCCACCCCAGACCCUGAGCCCAGUCUGGACAGGAAACGUCCCGGUAGCCUGGUGGGGCAAGACGGGGACAGUCACACGCCCCGUAAAGACAGCACUGUUAACAAACAGCCGGAGCCCACCCCACGUAGAGCUGGCACUGUAAAUAGAAAACAACCACAGCUAACCUCACCUACCUUUCAACCCCCACUGCCCCCUCUGGAGGAUUGGGGUUCUACCCAGCCCCAGGUUCUGUCUCCAGCUGCAGAGGCUGAGCAGUCUGGCCUGGGUGGUGCUGGUAGUGCUUCUGGUGGUGGUGGUCUAGGUGUGGGGGUCCAGGUAGCCACAGUGCAGCCUCAGGUUGUAACCCAGCUCAGCGCAGAGGAGAGCAGCCCAGGCCGAGAAAUGAUGUCCACCCCCCCUCCCCAGAGGAAUGGUGCAGUCCAUCUUUCUGUAGGAACACCACACUCUCAGGGUGGCUCCAGGGGGCCCAGUCCACACAUGGUGCGCAGAGGUACCAAGAAACAGGCUCCAGCUCCUCCCAAACAGGCCAGCCCAUUUGCAUCCCAGCCCAGUACCCAGACACCCAGCUCCCCUCAUCACCCACCCAUCACGCCCAGACGACACACCGUCAAAGACAGUCCCAUCCACGCUCCGAGUCACCCACCCCCGCAGCCUCCACAGGCCCCCCUGGCCCAGGGCGAGUCAGAACCCUCUCCCCCCAGCACUCCCACCCCUCCUGACACUCCGCCUCAUGAUGGCUCACACUCCAACCCGCUGUCUCCGUACCACUCCGGGUCUCUGCCCCGCCCCUCUAGGCCUGCUCCCAGACCACGGCCCCGUCCCAGCAUGCCCCCACCACCUCAGCCUGGUACAAAUGAUGGUAAUGGCAUCUGCAACUCCGCCUCCAAGAUCAUAACAGAUGGAAGUCUGGUCAUAAAAGGGAUUGGACGAGCCCUGAUCCCUGAAGUGGUUAUGGACCAAGAGGGGGAGAGCUCUGCUGGUCAGGAGCCCACCGACACUCAAGCCCCACCCCCAGACCUGCGGAUCCAAUCAGAGAGCACUGCUCUGUGAGAAAAAGACGGACCAGAGUCAGUGAAAAACUUCCAUCACUCAGUCAGAUCAGAUUUGAAUGUUGACAAUUCAAUAUCAGGCAGGUAUCUAAAAAGCAAUGGAUCGCUGCAGCCUGUGCUCCACUCACAUGAUGCUGGUGUUUUCUGGAAAAAAAAAAGAAAAAAAAGAUGGCUGCCUUUUCUUCAGUUAUGCUGAGACUCAAACCAUGAACCUCAUCUCACAGUGUUGGUCUUAGAAAACAUGACCGUCACUUUGAAUAUUUGACCAAACAUCACUCUCUCUUCUCGAUAUACUGCUGUGUACUUUGAGAUUAGACCAUAGAAGCAAAUGUGACUUAAAUGUGUAACAUGAACCAAAUAACAGCUGAACUCAGAAGGUGCUGGUGACAAUUUCAAAGCAUUUACAUCUCCUGUUUCUUUAAAAAACCUCUUUAUUACUUCUACACAGUUCUAUCAUCUUUUUUGGGGACAGAAAUCUGUGAAUUUGGUUUCUAAAAAAAUUUGAACUGGUGUGUUUUUUAUUGUUUAUUCAGCAUUUGUAAGCCAGCCUUUGUUGAUUUAUUUAUCAUGAAACAGAAUCACAUUCUGUAAUUUUCCCCCCCCCCACUUUUGCCUUAUUAAACUCCGGCUAAAUGUGAUAUUCAGCAUAAAGGGGUUGUAAAAUAAUUAUAACAGCAUCAUGAUGCAUACAGCAGCAUAAAGGACCAAAGAAACAGAUAGGAAAUUCCGAUUUAUAGCUGUUUGGCUGACCAAAUAUUUUGGAAAGAGUGCAAUACAGAAAGCAAUCGUCUUCCAGUGGUAUUGGUAUAUGUAGUAAUCUAGCAGAGUAACAUUUAAUUUUGUUUUCAGAUUUUGAAUUUCAGCUGAUUUACCAACCUCAAAAUAGCCUUGAUAGUGAAAAUUCACUUUUAUUAUAAAGGGAUUUGUAUUUCUGGGGGUUUUAAUACAUAUCAUUGAAAUUAUCGCUCUCCCUCGAUCUCGAUGUCCAGCAACCAAAUAAUUUUCUUGUAUGUAAAAUUUUUAUUACUCAGACAAUCCUUACUUUGUUGGGGUGUUUUUCAGCGCUUUGAUUACAUGUUUAUUUUUUUAAAUUUCCUUGCAGCAUUUUAUGGUGGAUUUCUGCACAUAUUGCAUCAUAAAAUGCAUCAUUAUUCCUAAUGAUUAAAGAUUGUUCAACCACA